GGCCGGCGGAGAAGCGCGACCUUUGACCCGUGGCGGGGCUCCGUGGGAGUCGGCGGGCGGAAGUGCGGGCUGCGGGUGGCCAUGGAGGAGCCUGUUCACGACGGGGUGGCCUCGCCGGCCCCUCCUGGGACCGGGAAAUCCAAGCUGGAAACAUUGCCCAAGGAAGAUCUUAUCAAGUUUGCUAAGAAGCAGAUGAUGCUAAUACAGAAAGCUAAAUCAAGAUGCACAGAAUUGGAGAAAGAAAUUGAAGAAUUGAGAUCGAAACCUGUUGCUGGAGGAACUGAUUAUAUUAUUAAGGCAUUGACCAUACGUCUGGAUGCUAUUCUUUUGGAAAAAGCAGAGACUGAGCAACAGUGUGUUUCUUUGAAGAAGGAAAAUAUUAAAAUGAAGCAAGAGUUUGAGGAUUCUGUAACUAAGUUGGAAGAUGUGCACAGGGAGUUUGAACAAUCACAAAGAAACUAUGUGAAAGAAAUGGAAAAUUUGAAAAAUGAAUUAAUGGCAGUACAUUCCAAAUACAAUAACGAUAAAGCUGGUUGGCAAAAGGAACUGGAAGAAGCAGCAAAAAAACAAUUAGAGCUUUCAAAACAAAUCAAAUUUCAGAGUGAUUCUGAAGAUAAUGUUAAAAAACUACAGGAAGAGAUUCAGAAAAUUAAGCCAGCCUUUGAGGAGCAGAUUUUAUGUCUGCAAAAGCAGUUAGAAGUUGCCACAAAUGAAAAGGAGCGAGAAAUUACUCAUCUCCAAGGAGUCACUGAGGCUAAUUCUCAGCAGUACCGAAAAGAAAUUAAUAGUUUGCAAGAAGAACUUUUACAGUUGAAAUCUACACACCAAGAAGAGGUGAAAGAAUUGAAGUGCCAAAUUGAAGCAGCUGCUAAAGAACACGAAGCAGAAGUAAAUCAUUUAAACCAGCUAAAGGAGAACUUAGUCAGACAGUGUGAGGCAAGUGAGAAGAACCUUCAGGAGAAAUGUGAAUUAGAUAACGCAAACCAGGAAAAUCAGAUGUGUUCUUUGCUCUUACAGGAAGAUACUCUUAUAGAACACGCAGUUAAUGAAAAAGUCAAACACUUAGAAGAUACCCUAAAAGAACUGAAGUCUCAACAUAGCAUCUUAAAAGACGAGUUAACUUACAUGAAUAAUCUUAAAUUAAAACUUGAAAUUGACGCCCAGCAUACAAAGGAUGAGUAUUUUCACGAACGGGAAGAUUUAGAGUUUAAAAUUAAUGAAUUAUUACUAGCUAAAGAAGAACAGGGGUGUGUAAUUGAAAAAUUAAAAUCUGAGCUAGAAGAUUCAAAUAAACAAUUUUGCUGUACCAUAGAACAACAGAACAAAGAAGUACAGAUUCUUAAGGAACAACAUCAAAAAGAAAUAUCAGAACUAAAUGAGGCAUUAUUGUCAGGUUCAGAAAAAGAAAAAUUAACAUUGAUGUUUGAAAUACAGGGUCUUAAGGAACAGUGUGAAAACCUACAACAAGAAAAGCAAGAAGCAAUUUUAAAUUAUGAGAGUUUACGAGAGAUUAUGGAAAUUUUACAAACAGAGUUGGGGGAAUCUGCUGGAAAAAUAAGUCAAGAAUUUGAAUCAAUGAAGCAACAGCAAGCAUCUGAUGUUAAUGAACUUCAGCAGAAGCUCAGAACCGCAUUUAAUGAAAAAGAUGCUCUUCUUGAAACCGUGAAUCGUCUCCAGAGGGAAAAUGAAAAGUUAUUAACACAGCAACAAAUUGCGCCAGAACUUGAAAAUACCAUAAAGAACCUUCAAGAAAAGAAUGAAGUGUAUUUAGUUAGUCUCAGUCAGAGAGAUACCAUGUUACAAGAAUUUGAAGCAAAGAUAAGUUCUCUUACUGAGGAAAAAUAUGAUCUCAUAAGUAAAAUUAAAAGUUCUCAUGAAGAGGUGGAGACUGUCUAUCACAAACAUGAAAGGGGAGAAAGGUUUAGUGUAGGACCCAGGGAGAAAGUGGAGCAGACUACCCAGUACAACAGUGAGCUAGAACAAAAGGUAAAUGAAUUAACAGCACAACUAGAAGAAACCUUGAAAGAAAAGGAUCAAAAUGACAAAAAACUGGAAAAGCUUAUGGCUCAGUUGAAAACUCUCUCUGAAGACCAGGAAGCAGUGUCAUCUGAAGUGAAGUCUCUUCAUGAGGAAAAUGGUAGACUGAGUUCAGAAAAGAACCAGUUGAGCAGGGAUUUGGAAGCUCUCCUGUCUCAAAAAGAAGGAGAUUUUAUGCUGAAGGAGCAGAUUUCUGAAUUAGAAAAGAAACUUCAGUUAACAGUUGAAGAAAGAGAUCAUUUAAAUAAACUGUUGGAAAAUGAGCAAGUUCAGAAGUUAUUUGUCAGAGCUCAGUUGUGUGGUUUCCUUGAACAAAUGGAGUCAAAAGUUUCAGAAAAAAGUGAAGAACAAGAUGUUGUAAGUGUCCUACAAGCUGUAGGUGAAUCCUUAGCUAAAAUAAAUGAAGAAAAACACAACUUGGUCUUCCAAUAUGGUAAAAGGGUAGCAGAGUUAGAAAAAGAGAUUAAGUUCCUCCAAGAAGAGAAUGUGAUUCAAUGUGAGGAACUUAGGUCUUUACUAAGAGACCAUGAGCUAGAGAAAGCUCUCUUAAGGAAAGAGUUAGAAGAAACCCUCUUGGAAAAAGAGGCCCUGCAGUCUGAUCUUCUAGAAAUGAAGAAUGCUAAUGAACAAACAAGGCUUGAAAAUCAGAAUCUCCUAAUUCAAGUUGAAGAAUUAUCUCAAAAAUUAUGUAGCAAAAAUGAAAACCAUAAUGAAAAAGAAAAAUAUUUUAUAAAGGAACUUGAAAACCUAAGGCCAUUACUAGAACAAAAAGAAUCAGAAUUGCAAGAUGUGAGAGCAGAGUUGAUAUCAUUAAAGGAUUCUUUAGAGAAAUCACCUUCUGUAGAAAGUGAUCAACCUUCAGUAAAAGAGUUUGAAGAAAAAAUAGCAUAUCUGGAAGAAGAAUGCAAAGACAAAGAGGAGAAAAUAGAGAAGUUAAAACUAGUUGCUUUGAAGGCAAAGAAAGAACUAGGUUCCAGCAGAAAAGAGGCUCAGACGCUACGGGAAGAACUUGAAUCUGUUCGCUCAGAAAGGGAUCAGGUGUCUACUUCCAUGAGAGAUCUCAUUCAAGGAGCAGAAAGCUAUAAGAAUCUUGUAUUGGAAUAUGAUAAGCAGUCAGAGCAGUUGGAUCUGGAGAAAGAACGGGCUAAAAAUUUUGAGCACCAAGUAGAAGACCUUACAAGACAAUUAAGGAAUCUGGCUUUUCAGUGUGAAAAAGUAAACUCAGAUAAUGAAGACCUCCUGGCCCGUAUUGAGACACUGCAGUCUAAUACCCGGUUAUUAGAAGUGCAGAUUUUGGAAGUCCACAAAGCCAAGGCCAUGGCAGACAAAGAGUUGGAAGCUGAAAAACUUCAGAAAGAGCAGAAAAUAAAGGAGCAUGCCAGUUCUGUAAACGAACUUGAAGAGCUUCAGCUACAACUGCAAAAGGAAAAGAAACAGCUGCAGAAAACCAUGCAAGAAUUAGAGCUGGUUAGAAAGGAUGCCCAACAGACCACACUGAUGAACAUGGAAAUUGCUGAUUACGAACGUUUGGUGAAAGAAUUAAAUCAGAAGUUAGCUAAUAAGAGCAGCAAGAUAGAAGAUUUGGAACAAGAAAUAAAAAUCCAAAAACAGAAGCAAGAAACCCUGCAGGAAGAAAUGACUUCGCUGCAGGCUUCAGUACAACAGUAUGAGGAAAAAAACACCAAAAUCAAGCAGUUGCUUGUGAAAACCAAAAAAGAACUGGCAGAUUCAAAGCAAGCGGAAACUGAUCACUUAAUACUUCAAGGGUCUUUAAAGGGCGAGCUGGAGGCAAGCCAGCAGCAAGUAGAAGUGUAUAAAAUUCAGCUGGCGGAAAUGACGUCGGAGAAGCACAAAGCUCACCAGCACCUGAAGGCAUCCGCGGACCAGCAGCAGCGCAUGCUGGGUGCCUACCAGCAGAGGGUGGCGGCCCUGCAGGAGGAGUGCCGCACGGCCAGGGCAGAACAAGCUGCUGUCACCUCUGAAUUUGAGAGCUACAAAGUCCGAGUUCACAACGUUCUAAAACAACAGAAAAAUAAGUCUGUGUCUCAGACUGAGACCAACGGAGCCAAACAAGAAAGAGAUCAUCUGGAAAUGCUGGUCGACCAACUAAAGAUCAAAUUACAAGACACCCAAAAUAACUUACAGAUCAACGUCUCUGAACUGCAGACCUUGCAGUCUGAACACAACGCCCUGCUAGAAAGGCACAACAGGAUGCUGCAGGAGACCGUGUCCAAGGAGACUGGGCUCCGAGAGAAGCUGUGCGCCGUGCAGUCGGAGAACUCCGCGAUCAAGUCUGAGCACGCACAGACCGUGAGCCAGCUCUCGGCCCAGCACGAGGCCCUGCGUGGCAGCUUCCGAGACCAGGUGCUGCAGCUGCAGGAGGAGCACCGGCGGACGGUGGAGACGCUGCGGCAGCAGCUGGCCAGGCUGGAGGCCCAGCUCUUCCAGCUCCGGAGCGAGCCGUCCACAAGAAGCCCAGCUUCUUCCCAGCCACCUCCGAGGAGCCUUCGAGAAAGGAGAAGCACAGACCUCCCGCUUCUGGAUGUGCCGGCCACGACCCGGGAGGAGGGGGAGGGGAUGGAGACCACGGACGGCGAGUCCGCGUCUUCUGCCGGCGUCCACGCACAGUCCUUAGAGCAGCUGCUCCGUCCUCCCGAAGCCAGGCUCGAGCCUCCUUCCUGGCACGCUGAAUUCACCAAAGAAGAAUUGGUUCAGAAGCUCAGUUCCACCACAAAAAGUGCCGACCACUUAAACGGGCUGCUUCGGGAAACAGAAGCCACCAACGCCAUCCUCAUGGAGCAGAUUAAGCUUCUGAAGAGUGAAAUAAGGCGGCUGGAGAGGAACCAGGCGCGAGAGCAGUCGGCCGCCAACCUGGAAUACCUGAAGAACGUGCUGCUGCAGUUCAUCCUCCUGAAGCCGGGAAGCGAGCGGGCCCGGCUGCUGCCCGUCGUGGACACGAUGCUGCAGCUCAGCCCCGAGGAGAAGGCCAGGCUGGCCGCGGCCGCCCAAGGUGAGGAGGAGAAUGCUUCCCGCUCCUCCGGCUGGGCGUCCUAUCUGCACAGCUGGUCUGGACUUCGAUAGACCGACGGGAGAGGCAUUAUUUAUUAACCAAAUAGAAUCCAUUCGGCAAAAAAGGUUCACGUAUAUGGCUGUCGUUCUUUUGUCCAGAAGCGUGUAUACAUAAGUCACGUCUCCGUGUGUGUGUUCAUACGUGUGUCUGAUGGGUUUAAAAGGCUCGGCCCGUGGUGAACUCCAGCAGGUGGAGUGUGGGAGGGGCCGUGGCCCAGGGACCCUGCCCCUCCCCGCCGCCGCCAGACCCAGGGGCCACGCGGCCACCCCACUCCCCCCUCCGGGCCCUCAGGCCACCUGCGUCGGGGCCGCACUGUGAAUUCUGAAGUUA